GUUUUGAAAUAAGCCAAUCAGUCAGAAGUAAGUCAAGUGAGGUGGAAGCCUAUACUACCUACACUUAAGACCUAUCUAGUUGUAUGAGUUGCAGUUAGGCUUCACAUGUUUGUACGUUUGUUUUGAAAAAUAAAUUUCAUCUUCAAUACGAAUAAUGCUUCACGUGAUAGUUUAAUUUUACCUAUCCAAAUUAUUUCACAUGAAAAGAAGUCAUGGAGAAUUCGCCAGAAUUACCGUUGUGGUAUAAAUGGAAGAGACCAACGACGGUUCCUUAUCCAAACAUUUGGCAUAAAUUUACUUCCAAACCAAAAGAUGGCAAAGAAUGCAAAAUAAAGAUUGUGGAUCUCACUCCAGAUAGAUUCGAAGAAAUAAUGGAAUUCACCGAAAAAUACUUCUACCCUCGAGAGCUGUUGUGCAUCUCAUCAAAAUUUCUAGACGACGAGAGAAACAUCCACAAUAGUCAAAGUAAGCGCAGAGCAAUCUUACAGCAGUGCACCAGUAUUAUUGCUGUUUUAGAUGAAAAUGUUCCCAAACCCGAAAUAGUCGGCAUGUUGAAACUUCUGGUAGCAUCUAAGGAAGAUGAUCCUGUACCAAAACCACCAAUACCUGGACAUUUUCUGCCUAUUAAAGACAAGCUAUUCGAAGAGCUGGAGAAAAAUUACAAUCCUUUCGAAAUUUUCAGCACAGAUGAAGUAUUUCGAGAGUGCGGAUUAUGUGUAAAACCGAUGUAUGAAGGAUUGAGUAUAGGUUAUAAUAUGUUACUUGCAGUUGAAAAGCUUGCUACAGCUUUUCAAAUUAAAGCAUCCGUGAUUACGGGUAUUUCUAUUCAGUCUCAAGUUAUUGCCGAUAAAUUGGGUUAUAAGACAUGGAAUGAGAUUGUUUAUAACGAAUUCAAAGAUGAUCAAGGACGAGUAAUAUUUCCUGUUGAUGGAACCAAGUCGAUAAAACUUAUGGCGAUUGAAUUUACAUGAAAUGUUGGUAUGAUAGUAGGUUUAAAGUGAGAGAAAAUGAAAAAAUGACUUUCCUACAGAGUAUUGCUAUUAUUUUUGAAUUUGAAAGAUUUAACAUUUUUCCUAAAUGCAACCAAAACAAUCUUAAUUCUGGAAAUUCUGUUUUUAGUCUAGUCAUUUUAGAAAGAUUUUCCAUGUGUUUUAUUAAAAAAAUCCCAACAUCGGGGACUUUUUUUUAAAAUGUGGGGGCACCAUUUUUGAUUAAAAUGCCAACAUCCCUCCCUCCUCACACAGCAAAAAAUAUUUUAAAUUUUUUCGUUCGUAUUAUGAUUUUAACAACUUUUAGUUUUUUUUCACAAAUGGAAUGUAACUUCUUAUUGUAGAUACCUAGUAAUGAAUUUUAUUUUAAUUUUAAACUUGAAUUUUUAAUGAUACUCGUAAUCUAACUGUUACUAAAAAAUAAAAAUAAAACCAAUUUUUUUAUCAUGA